CCCUCAAAAUGAAGCGGCUUUCUCCCAAAUUGAACUUAUUUUAGAACUCUAAUACAAUCCAUACAUACUUUUAUACAUUUUUUUUGUAUCACUCCGCGCAACCACAGCUUCCCGCUUUUUCGCCCACAAUCGAUAGUCGGCGAUAGUCGAAAUGGAUCAGGAUCACUUGAAGAAUGCUAAAAACGCAACCCGUAGAAUUGGUCGCCUGCGGUCGCUGGGGAUCGUUACGGCCGGAGCAGCCGCUUUGGUGGCGGGCAUUACGGCGUACCGGAAGCAGGACCAGUUGUUCCGCACGUUCGUGAUGCCGGCGGUGCGCCUUCUGCCGGCGGAGACCAGUCACCAGCUGGCCGUGCUGGCCUGCAAGUACCGCCUGUGUCCGGUGUCCCAGUACCAGGAUGACCAGAAUCUGCACACUCCCUUCUUUGGCCGGAUGCUGAGCAAUCCGAUUGGCAUUGCCGCUGGUUUUGAUAAGAACGCGGAGGCGGUGGACGGGCUGCAGGAUCUGGGUUUUGGCUUUAUAGAGGUGGGCACCGUGACACCAGCCGCCCAGGAGGGCAAUCCCAAGCCGCGGGUCUUCCGGCUGGCCGACGACAAGGCCAUCAUCAAUCGGUAUGGGUUCAACAGCGAGGGUCACCAGGCGGUGCUCCAAAGGCUGCGCCUGCUCCGCAGCAAGGAGGACUUCAACGGCGUCGUGGGCGUGAAUCUCGGCCGGAACAAGAGCACCAUGAGCCCCAUAGCGGAUUACGUGCAGGGUGUGAGGGUUUUCGGACCCGUGGCCGAUUACCUCGUCAUCAAUGUAAGCAGUCCCAAUACCAAGGGCCUGCGGGACAUGCAGAGCAAGGAGAAGCUGAGGGAGCUCCUCGAGGCGGUCAACGACACUAGAUCCUCACUGGACAAGAACAAGAAUGUGCCCAUUCUCCUGAAACUAUCGCCAGAUGUGUCCGAGGACGACAUGAAGGACAUCGUUUGGGUGAUCAAGCGCAAGAAGAGCCGCGUGGAUGGCCUGAUUGUGUCGAAUACCACGGUGUCGCGGGAUAACAUUGAGACCAACAAGCUGGCCGAGGAGGCAGGCGGAUUGAGUGGCCCACCGCUGAAGGCCCGAUCCACGGAGAUGAUUGCCCAGAUGUACCAGCUAACCGAUGGCAAGGUGCCCAUCAUUGGCGUCGGCGGCGUGGCCUCCGGCUAUGAUGCCUACGAGAAGAUCGAGGCCGGGGCCUCCUACGUCCAAAUCUACACGGCUCUGGUGUACGAGGGACCCGCUCUCGUGGACGACAUCAAGGCGGAGCUAUCCGCGCUGAUCACCCAGUUGGGCCACGCCAGUGUGGCGGAGGUGGUGGGCACCAACUCCAAGUUCUACCUGCCCAAGAAAUGAAACGAUGGGGUCGGAACUUAAAGCGAGUGCUGCCUUCAUUUGUGUACAAAACUAAGCUACCAUCUCCACUGCUCUCUGUUCGGUCUAACCAGUAAAUCAAUCUAAUUGUCAUCUAU